AUGAACUUUUUUAAAAAAGCGGAAAAAGAAUUCGAAACAUCUCAUAAGUUACCGCCUUCACUGAGAUAUAAACUAGAGGAAGAUGAAGAAGCUGAAGAAGUUCAUGGUAAAGAGUUGAAAAAGGGAAAGAAGAUUUUUAAACGAGCUACCCAAGUAACUGCUCCAGCACCACCGCCUCCAGGAGCAACAAAAAUUGAUGUAAAAGCCUUGCUAGCUAAAUACCAAAGUGUAACUUCAACAUCAACAUCUCCUCCCAAAACCGAAUCAACUACCAAGAAGGUCCAACGUCGACGAGGUGGAUCAAACAAAAGGGUAAAGAAAGCAAUUUCUUCGAGAACAGAAGUUACCAGUCCUAGUCCCGUCCUAACCACAGGAAAAGCCGUCCCCAAAGCCGUCGUAGAUGAUAUUCCUCUUCUUGGUGCAGCUAGCGAUAAACAGAGGUCCAGGAUACAAAUUAAAAAAGGACCCAAUGGUCAAGAGUAUGAGUACGAGUAUGUUUAUUAUUAUUACUACGAUGACGACGAUGAUAACAAAACUAAGACGUUCACCAACGCCCAUGACGGUCCCGCAAGAAACCAAAUCCCUACUAGGAGUGAGAAAGAAAAAGCAAUCGCUGAAAGUAACGAAGUGCUUCCAUCGAGAACUUCUGCAAAAAGAGGUAGACAAUUAGGAGAAGACGAAACUGUCAAUGAAGAAAGAUUACCGGCUAACACAAGUUUCCUCCAAGGUAAAUUUGUUUACAUAAGCAGAAAUCUAAACACCACUCCCUUGCCUGAAGAGGAAACAAAAGCCUCCAGUGCCGGAACAGGAGCGCCCAACAGAGGCCGAGGAAGAGGAAGGCCAGCGGGUGAUUCGAAUGCGUUGCCUUCAACUGAGGUCGACACUACUUCUGAUGAAUCGCAAGCGUCCAGAGGUCGCAACCGAGUCAACGUUCACCGUCCAUCUCUGGAUUUAGUUGACAGUGAUACUUUCAACACCCAUAAUGGAGGAAGCAGCCAAAGUAAACCAUCAUUUCCUCAAGAACUUCCUGAAGGACCGGUACGUUUUUUGGGAGCCAUACCCAACGAGCGCAUCGAAUACGACCUACCAGCUCCAGAAUCAGUUGAAAAAGAAUCUCCGGUUCCGGAAAAAGGGGAUGAAGAAGUAGCAAGUACUCCAGAAAAAGAUACUACUGGAACAAUUUUUGACCCUACAACAACCGCCAUGUCUCCUAUGGAUAAAGUUGCUUUGGAUCUAUAUGCCAUUUCACAAGGAACACAAAAACUCUUCGGAGAAGGUGAAGAAAGUACUGGAUCCACGGAGGAAUCGACAGAUGAAGCCUCAACAAUUACAGAGACUGAAGCGACAUCGAGCACCACAACUACCACUACAACCACAACAACUACUACAACAACUACGACUACCACUACUCCACUACCCCCACCUUCGACUGAAGCGCCCACAGGUUUUGGAAGAAAUAAAUUCGGUGCUGGUAGACGCACCCUUGGAGGAAGAAAAUCAACAACUACUACUACCACUACCGAAGCAUCUGCUUCAGAACCUAAAAAGAGUAAAUACGGAAGACCCAGCUUUGGAGGAAGGUCUAGAACAAGAACAACUGCUGCCCCAUCGGCUGAAGAACCUGUCAAUCAGGAAGAAGUAAAACCUGUUGGACAGUCAAGGCCUACGGUGAACAGAUCUCGAUUCAGUUCUUCCAGAACACGAACAAGGACUACUGCAGCUCCCUCCGAUGAGCCCAAAGAGGAAUCUAGUACUUCAGCGCCGUCUAGGGCUUCCCUUCCCAAAUCACGACCAGGUUUAAGAACUAGAGGCCGUACAACAGCUGCGCCAUCAACAGAACAUGAUGACAAUAAGGAUGACGCAUCUUCACCCGCAGACUCAAGCACUACCGCCAAACCGAGGAGAAUUAGCGGAGGAUCAGCUGUGAGACCAUUAAGACCAGGAGCUAGAAUUAACUUAGGUGGAAGUAGAAGUAGAACAACUACAAGUACUACUGAAUCAUCUGCACCGGUAGAAGAUAAUGUUGCUGGUGAUGAAGAACCCGAAACUCACGAUGAACCAAAGGAAGAAGCACCAGCCCCAGUAGAUAAUUCCCCAUUAACCCGUUUACGAAAUAAAAACAGAAUCAACGUUCAGCCACGCCAGAAAACUGCAGCCAGCGCUCCAGUCCAAGUGCGUAGAGUCAACCCACUUCUAGGCCGAAAACGUCCCGGUCAAUCUACCGAAAAUCCAUCCAGUGAGGCUCCGCAAGAGCCAUCUUCAACGGAAGCGGCUGUAGAGGCUGCUGAAGAAGAAAGUGACGAAACGGAAGCUGCGGCUCCGAGCUCCAGCACGACAACGGAGGAGCCUAGAGGACUGAAUAAGCUUCUGGCAGGAAGAAGGCGGUUGCCUGCCCGAACUCCGGGAAGUAUAGCUGGUAGAGCACAAUAGGGAAAUAUAGACUGGUGUAUACAGGGUGGCUGACUCUAUUCACAGUGACUGCGUUAGGUUUUCAUUAAAAUUUUCGUUUGUUGAUUAACUUGAAAAUAGCUUCCAGAUUUUUAUCUAUUCAGUUUUUCGUUAGAUUCUUAGUCACAUUUUCUUACUGUUUUGUAAGUUGUCAUUUUACUCCUAUAUGGUGACUUACUGGCCGAAAGUUUCCUUUGUACUGUCUCGAAUAAUAGUACCUGCUAACUUAAUUUUUAUCUGUAAAUAUUUGCUUUAACACUAAAAGUUUCUGCCCUAUUGUAAUAUAUUCACAGUCAAGAAAAAUCAUUGCGUGAUCAUCUUUCAGAAGGUAUAUUCACUGUCCAACUUGUCAUCGGUCGAUUGGAAUCGUCCAAAUUCACUGGAUUAUUAAUAACGAUAAAAGAGACAAGUGACACCUAGUCUCUGUAGCGAUAAGCACGAUCUGUUUCACGUGUAAUUGUUUACGCACUUGUUCCUGGCUGUUUAUAGAUUAUAUAUCAAAUUAGAUUCUGCCUGUUAAGUUUAGCUUAGUUGAAAUGUAACUUUUUUGACACAAACAUUAUUUUCAUUGCAUUUUUAAUUCUAUAAUGACUAAGAUAAUUUCGAACGUUAUAUAACACUGUAACUAAAAUGUAUAAUUAAAAUUUAUUUUCCACUGUGCUUAUAGAAAAAUUGCCCGAAAUUCUAAAACACCCUAUACCGUGAAAUAAUUUAAAAUCGGUAAGUGAAAAACAAUAAAAAAGCCGAUUUUUUUAACUUUUUCAUUAUUUAAGAUAAAUUAGAUGAACAUUAUUUCCUGAAGUAAUCCAAAUUUAUAAUGUUGAUAAAUUAUCCGGAUAGCUUAUAACCUCAAACAUAUUGAGUAAUUUUAGCUACUAUAUCAUAUUUCGUAAUGUCUGACAGCAUUAGGAAAGGAAAAUGAUAUUCUACAAAAUGAUUCUAAAAUAUCAAGAGCGUAGGUGCAAAAUUUCGGGCCAAUGCUUUUCAAAAGCAUUCAUUUUUUUCGAAUCCUGAGAAAACUAAGAAGUAUUUUUGAAAAAAUUUAAACGCAGAAUGAAAGAUUACAUUAUUACCGAGAGCCGAAAGUCUCUGAAAACUUCUAUAAUGUUUAUUUUAGUAAGUUACAGGGGUGAAAAAGAAGAGAAAAUUAAGUGUAAUUUUUAAUUUCAAAUAUCUCAUUCAAAAGAAACUUUUUGUUUAUUCUAAGGGACUUUCGGCCCUCGGUAAUAAUAUAACCUUUCAUUCUGCGUUUAAAUUUUUCAAAAAUAUUUAUUAGUUUUCUCAGGAUUCGAAAAAUUGAAUCAAAAAAGUAUUGGCCCGAAAUUUUGCGCCUACGCUCUUAAGCUAAUUUGUUAGUGUUUAAGUAAACUUACAUGUUAAAGGAAAUAGACAAUUUAGUCUAUAGCAUCAUACUCUUCGCUGAAAUUACAUGAACUACCAAAAAUUCCUGAGAAAUCACCGACGGUGCUAUGAUUUUUUUUAUAAAUUUAUCCAUGUUUUGAUCAUAUGAUUCACAACUUCUUUAUAGUUUUCAGUAGAUAUCUUUUACUAGUAAUUCACAGUUUCACAAACAUCUUCCAUCUUUAUCACUGCAUCAACUCACAUUUAUGUAAAUAACACUUAUACCCCUUUUUAACACUUUUUCCCACACCUAUUUAAUCAGUAACCACCCCAUGAGUAAAGAUUCAGUAAGCUCUUGGCUUAUAGGAAUAGGUUGAAACUAACAGUAGAUACCUAAUUGAAAUAUUUGACAAAUUUCAAUAAAUUAGGAAGCUAAUAUCGGAAUGAUGGGACUAUAAAUAGAUAAUGGAAUAAAUGUGUCUUCCGAGAAAUGGUGUGCUGCUUUUGACUCUUUGGCGCGCUGUCAAACAUUAUGAAAUACAUAUUAGCUAUGCGGAUAUAUUAGAAUUUAUUUUUUUUUAUUUAAUAUCAAUAUUUUUAACUUAUUUGUUGAACGGUUAAAGUUUAUAUACAAGUGAAAAAAAGCGUGAUAUAUUUUAUUAUUUAGUUGGCCCAUCUAAGUAUUAAGUAUUGGCUCCUAUAUCCAGUAAGCAAAUAAUAUAAAAAAUGAUACAUUAUUAUAUAAAAGUUCUAUAGUUAAAAUUAUUAUGCAGAUAAUAUGUAUUGCUUUUUACAUGUAAUUGUAGGAAAAUUGUCAUAAUCCUUUCUGAGACCGAUAAAAGUAAGUUAAAUUUAUUUUAUACUGCAAUACGUGUUUUGUAAAAAAUUAGUGAAAUAUAUCAAACUUUUAUUCCUUUGUAUAAUAAACAUUUUGCAACACUUUUUAUGGUCCCUUCAACCGGAUGUGAUAUUUCCAGCUCUACAUCUCAUAAAAUGUACGCAUUUGAAUACCAAUUCGAAAUGUUAUGUAGUGUAGCUGCAUUCAUAACAUAGUUAUUAAAAUCAAAAGUGACCAUUAUUUUUCUCUUCUAGUUGUUGUAAAUACAUUUGGUUAUUUUAUAUGCUUAAGUAGACAACUCAAAUUUGUUCUUAGGUUAAAUCUCGAUGUUUAUAUUUUUAACUGUAAAACAUGCAGGCCACCCAUGUGCCAAUAUUUUUAAAGCGUUAGAGGUUAGAUUUUAUAACUUAUUACACAUAGGAUCCGUUUUCAAUUAAGUAAACAAACCAGAAACGUCAAAAAUUGUUCUCACAAUCUGAAAAUGUCCAUAUACAAUAUGAUAUAAAAACAGAUUUCCUUUAAGACAAAUUUUGAUUUAUUGACUUAAAGAAGACCUCAGGCUGAGUACAAAAUUAAUUGAUCGAAUCCUAACAUGCGAUAUAAAUUUUCUCAGCUAUUUAAUAUUCUGUUUUAAAAGGUUCAAGAAAGUUAUGUUUUUACAUAUCUUAAGUUUUUUAAGUUUAAAAUUUAAGUUUUGUUUUUAAUACUAAAGCAUGAAGAAUCAAACCAAAGCUGGAUUUUAGGAGGCCUGUUAUAUAGUUUCUGCAAAUAAGAUAGUACUCAAAUUC